AUGACAUCCCGUGAACCGUACAAGUGUCCCUGUUGCAACAAUCCUUGGGCUGCUGCAACAGGCGAAUUCUUUGCCAAGUUGUGUGAGCCCUGUCAGGAAACGAACCAGAAGAAUGAAGCAAUUUCGCGAGAAAACAUGGAUCCCAACACGUUGCCCAGUAGCAACUUUUUCAAGUACUCCAAUGGCACGUGGCUCGAGAAGAAUCCCAUCCCUCCCGAGUAUCCUCAGUGGGACACCUUUGUCAGCUUGACAGCUCAAUCCCAAGAGAACUUGAAGAAUCUGCUAGAGGAGCUUCGGGCCAAAAAAACCAAUGGCACUUGUACCGAGGAAGAAGCCAAAGUGGCGGCCUUUUUUGACGCGGCCAUGGACGAAGACGAAAUUGAAAAACAGGGCGUGAAACCGCUCGCACCCAUCAUGGCAUUGAUUGAUCAAGCCGUGGCGGCGCAAACGUCAGGCCAAAAGGAAGAAUUGGCCAAAACCUUUGGCACUCUCUCGAUGGAGUAUGGCCUUUCCGUCUUUUUUGGAAUUGGCGUUAGUCCCGACAAUGCCAAUACCGAUCAUUCACUUUUGGAAGUGUGUCAAGGAGGAAUUGGAUUGCCCGAUAGAGAUUACUAUUUUGACGAGGACAAACAGGACAAGCGAGACGCUUACCAGAAAGCCCUGGCGUUGAUGCUCACUCUCUUGCUGGUGGAUGCCACGGCUACCGAGCCAACAGAAGAAAUGACACUGGCCGCCCAAAAAGUCUAUCAAGUCGAAUUGAAAUUGGCAGAGAAACACAUGACGAGGACAGAAAACAGAGAUCCACACGACACAUACAACAAGAUGAGCGUCGCCGAUUUCAUCCAGUCCACUGGAGACGGAAGUUUUGAUUUUGGAGCCUUUUUUGCCGCUGCCACUGGCAAGUCGGUCGCAGAUUUGGGCGACAUUAAUAUUCGCAACGUAGAAGCACUCAAGAGAGUGGCACAAGUCGUGUCCGAAAUGGAACCCGAAACUCUGGGAUACUACAUGAAGUGGAGAACCGUUCGCUCCUACUCGCCCUACCUGCCCAAGGCAUUUGUACAGGCCCAUUUCGACUUUUUCCAAACGACACUGGCGGGAACCAAGGAAAUCAAGCCUCGUUGGAAACGAGCCAUGGCAUUUACCGAAGGAGCUCUGGGAGAAGCGCUAGGAAAACUCUACUGUGCCAAGUAUUUUGAUGCCACCAGCAAGGAACGUGCUGUGAACAUUGUAGAGCAGGUUCGACAAGCACUGGAAGCCCGGCUGAAAGAAGUGGACUGGAUGACGGCUGAUUCGACACGAGAGCAAGCCCUCAAAAAGAUGGGGCGUUUUGGAGUCAAGAUUGGGUAUCCCGACAAGUGGACCGAUUACUCGACAGUCAAGAUUGAUGCCAGCUCCAUGACAUUUUUGGAUAUGGUAUUUGCCGGAGAAAAGUUUGAUAGGCUCCAAGAUGUCAAGGAAAUGAAUGCUCCUACCGAUAAGGACAAGUGGUUCAUGACACCCCAGACCAUCAAUGCUGUAAGUAUCGAAUUGAGCCAAGCGAGUCUAACGAAGGACCAAGUGUCGGCUCCGUCUCACCUCACGUUGUUUUCAAAUGCAUGUGGUUUCGUCAUUCCCGAAUCCCUGAAUGGCCGAAUCGAAUUCACAUCAGUAGAUGCCGACGACGCUGUCAACUUUGGUGGCAUGGGGGCUGUGAUCGGACACGAAAUGACCCACGGAUUCGACGACAAGGGACGAAAGUUUGACUUUGCCGGCACUUUGACGGAUUGGUGGACUGCGGAAGAUGCCAAGGAAUACGAAUCUCGUGUCGAAGUCAUGGUGAAGCAAGCCAACAGUUUUCAAAUCCACGGGCAAAAUGUUCAAGGCGAGAUGACAUCGGGAGAGAAUAUUGCCGAUCUAGGUGGUCUACGCUUGGCCCUUCGAGCAAUGAAGGCUGCAGAUGGGUACGAUGAAACUGCACUAGUGGAUGGAUUUAGUCCUUUGCAACGAUUCUUUCUGAGCUGGUCUCAGUGUUGGAGGCAGAACAUUACAAAGGAGCGAGCUUUGCAACUUUUGACAAUCGACUACCACGGUCCCAACGAAAUGCGCUGCAACGGCCCCCUCUCGAACAUGCAAGAGUUUCACGCAGCUUUUGAUGUAAAGGAGGGCGACGCCAUGUACGUUCCUGUGGACCAGAGAGUCGACAUUUGGUAG